GUGCACCUCAGCGCACCGAGUGCAUCCUCUACGGAAACUUGAAACAUGGCCACAUUCGUGCGACACACGUGCAAAUAAAUACACGACGAUGGACGCGGCUAGUGAAUCAAGGAAAAAACGUAAGCGAAGCUCACGGAACGAAGAUGAAACGAAGUCGAAGAAAAGGAUCAACGGCUUUGUCGAGGAAGAAACUGAGCGAAGUACAGCGGAGAAAAACAUCAUUUCCGAGGAAGGCAACACGAAAGACAGUAUUUGCAGUGCAAUGCAGGGCAAGUUCGAUGGGAAAUACUUCAGGAAACUUUUGUCUACUCCCAAUUGCUUAUACGCUCUGAAGAAGUUUGUGACGAUCAGCAAUGCGAACAAGGAAGUGGACCUUGCAGCGGAGUACUUGCAUGCUAACGGCAGUGUUCUUGAAAUCUUGAAAUUAUUGGACUCUUCUGACAGAAAGAACAUAGAUAUUACCACUGUCUUCUCUGCAAUUAAUAUUUUACUCAUGAAAAUUUUGACCGAGUAUCCUGAUCACCAAAACAACGCGGUAGAGUCUUGCCGCCAUCUACUGAAUGCGCACAUGUCCAUCAUACAUUCCAUGCUCUCGAUGCAGAGCAAUGCCAAGCAACGCAAAGUGAUGUUGAAAUUGCUGGCGGCAAUAGUAUCCUUGGGUAGCAAUCUCUCAAGGGAAUUGCUCGCUCAUUUGUCGCUGCAACAGCAAGUACUGGAGAAUCUGGUACGGCACAGCAAGUAUACAGAUUCCGAGAGCGUCAGAACGUGCUUCAUUUAUUUUGUUCUCGCUUUUCUUGUGGAGGGAAACACGUCGGUGAUCAAAAUGCUGUUGGACAAGAACAAUCUGCUCUCCUCUAUCUUUCCAGAACUCACAUACGAUUCGAAAGACAUUGUUAACUUGGUUCUGACCACUGUGAAGACAUACGUGCUGGAGAACAGCAACAUCAGCAAGACGAUAAAACUGCACGCCUUUCCGUCGUCUGUUGUGUUAAAUUUGAUAUCGCUGUACAAUUGGAAAGGUCCAAGUAACCGGUCCAAGAAUGAAAAUCACAGUUUCGAUAAGAGCGAGGAGUUCCUAGCAGACAAAGAGGUUGUUAACAACGUGGUUCACGAAUUCCUACUCACUCUGCUGACGUCGCAUCGUUAUGGGAUUAUUUUUCACGACCGGACACUGGGUGGUUCGCGAAACAGGCACAAUCACGUAGUGCAUGCAGUUCUGCAGAACUUGGAAAAACCGUGGGAACAUGAGAAGCCGUCAGACUUGGUCGUUAAAAUAAUGAAAGCCUGUCCGGAUUUAAUUCGCUCGCAAUAUGGCAGCGUCGAGCCAUUCCUCGAGCCGCGAGUCUCGCCUAAAUGGAUUUGUCUUCUCAAAUUUGUCAAGAAGGUAAUCGAAUCAGUCGAUCCGACCACUUGCGUCAAGACCUGCUCUACGGAUCUGACUACAAACAAUUUGACAAACACGCUACUGUCUCUGACAGUUCCGAGCGUGAUAAUGAAAGGUGCCAUUUUGCCAGGAUUAGGCCACGAUAGUCUCUCGGUUAGACACGAAGCUUUGACUCUUUUUCUAGUAAUAAUUCGUCAAAUAAGAGCUAUUUCUCUGGCGGCGAAAGAGUUUUAUAAAACCGUCGCGGUUCAAAGUCAAAUAACCGAUUUCGUUCUGAGAACUGUUCCCAAUUUCGAGGCAAUUUUACGGGUGUGGAAGCGAGCUUUCGAUGCCAAUGUGAUGGUUUCGGAAAAUGUAGAAAAUGUUCAGAACCCGAAACCGGCGGACCAUCUCAACAUUAUCCUGAGCAUUCUUCACUCGUACAGGGACGUGUGUCCGGAAUUGUUGGACGGUUCGACGGAUUUACAACCAAGUGUACUGCUGACGGAUCUGAGCGGUCUCGAAACCGACGAUGACGGGGCGGAAGUGAAUGCCGACGAAUUGAAACGCAUGAGAGUCAAGGCGAUACAGUUUCUGCUCGUCACGGACACCUCCAUUUUCGCGCCCGGCGAGAAGAUUUUCAAGGAGACUCUCCUCUUUUUGAUAUCUCUCAUUCGUGAAAAAGCGACGCCGGAGAGCUAUGACGCUGCUGGAUUGUUAUUAAACGCGACCGGUUUAUUUGAAUCUUGCGACGAUCAAGUGGACAUUUGGAUCAACGGCUUCUUGGCAACGAUUGAUCCUAAAGAGUACGAAGAGUUGGCGAAGUGGUUCAUGUCUGUCCUUAAAAGUGCUAUUAAGCGUACCGAUAAAUAUAUAAAUAGCAUCACGCAAACGGAAGGUACCAUAAAUGAGCGAUUGGCUAAUUUCGACGUUAAGAAGGCGAAAGACAUAAUCAGCGAACUGUUCAACAAAGCCAACGAAGCUUGUGACCUACCUGAUAGAGAAUCUUUCACAGCAGAGUCGUCUUUAAUCAAUAAACCGAAUUUACGUACGAAAAAGAAUGAUAACGUUGGCGUUAAUAAAGUCAACGAAGAGCUUCCGAGGAACGCUAUUGGACAGCCAACUGAUAAGUACAUGACGCAGAUGAACGAGGGAGUGAUUAACUUUCAUGUUAAAAAGGCGGGUAACAUUAUCAACGAACUGCUUAACAAGGGAAACUGUAAUGGCUUCGUAAACGAUGUUACUUUUUCUACGUCAGCGUUGACAUCAAUUAACGGGCAGCUUGCUGGACGUCUUGACGUGGAAAAAAUUCACUCAACCGAUGAUUCUUCCAUCGAGCUCCACGAAGAAGACCUUAGCUCCUGCAGAAUGCAAGCUUGCACGUCGGUGUCGCCUCUUUUGUGCUGUGCGCUUCAAAAAGUAAACGAAAAAAGUUCCGUUGCCAUCUUAGCUUAUUUGUCUUACGUGCUGGUCCAUAGUUUGCAUCAUCAAAUUGUCCCGGAAUUGCUGGCCCAUAUGGCAACGGACUUGACCAACUUGCCAGUCUACAAGUACCUUCAGAGUUGGUCAAGUAACAGCAAACCGGUUUCUUUAAAGAACAAGUUGCCGUCUUUGAAGUUAUUGCGCAAAGUGAGUAAUAUGUUGCUGACGGAUACGGAAAUGGACGUAGCCGAAUUUUCUAAAAUGUUCGACGGUCUUUCGUCAUGCUGCUUCAAAUACGGCGACAAGGAGGUCGCGAUUAAACACUCUUUGUCCUUGUACGAUGUCAGAGUCUUGCUAAAGAUGACCACGUUUUAUUUGGCGCAACUAUCGCAGCGAGAAAUCAUGCGAUAUGACCAGAACGAAAAGUGCAAGUUCGUACUCAUGUUUCUGUUAAACAUUGCGCGGUCUAUGGAUCAAGGGAACAACACGUCGAUACUCGGCGAAAGCGCAAAGUGUGUCUUCGCUCAUCCCAUCCUGUUGCAUUAUUUUUCACCGUUUUGUGGGGAAGCGCUGAGAAACUCGACGAAAAGCAUGGUCACCGAAACUAUCCUGGAAAUCUGCAAAGUUGUUGUGCAAUUACGGGGAAAAUAUGGUGACGCAAGAAUAUACAAUCUCUUCUCGGCGUUCAGAGACAAGUUUCUAGCGCAACUGGGAAAUAUUAUUGAAAACAAUCCUCCGGACUCUCGCAAUAAUUACGAUAUUGCCAUUGAACUGCUGAGAGUAUUGCCGUUGAGAGCGCAAGAAGUAACGAACUUGUUGCUUGCUUUAAUGAAGCUGGAAGAAACUGCAUUUAUCUCGAGCGACGAGCGGAACUUAUCUGUGUUUGGACAUAUUGUGCCAGUAUUGCUGGGUAUAUCAUGCAGCGAGGAGUCAAUGUUGCAACGCGACCAAUAUCAUGUUUUGGACGACCGGUUUGUGGCCAAGCUGGGCUCGCAUUUGAUUUAUCUGAAGUCCAAGAAGGUAAAUCACGUGGAAAAGUGGGAGCGAGCCCUGGCGACAUACUUGUCCACCUUCCCGAGCAAUAUCGUCAAAUUCGACAGAUCCACCUUCGCGCGUUUAUUGGCCAAGGGCGUUGACGCGUCUACGAUCCAGCUGCUGACAACUCUAAUUGCGAGAAAUACCAAGCUGAUCCCGCCGCUGGUGGAAUACUUCCUUAAAGCAAACAAGCCGAAGCGAAUGAAGCAAGCCGAUGUUGUAUUCCCGAUAUUGGGCAGCAAUUUGCAGCACAAGUGGAACGACUGCUUUCUUCGCGGUCUUUGCGAGUGCCAUGCCGACAAUAUCGUCGCGUACUUAACUGACCCGCAAAAUCCCGUCCGUUGGAUCGAAGAAAAUAUCGCGGCAGUUGUCCAUCUGAUCGAGAACGCUUUCGAGCUCACCACGUGCGAGAAAACUUGCGACAGCAUUUCCCAGAGCGGCGAUAAACUGGACAUGGUGUCUGUUUGUUUCGUACGAUUAGUAGAAAGUCUAUAUAAGAGGCACGAGAGUCUGAUAACGGACAAGGAGAAGCCUCUGAUGGAUCUGAUAAAAAUACUUUUGCACGUGAUGACCGCGACGUUGAAGAAGGAAUCGAAGAACGUGGAGAAACUGAAAGUUUUGUGCGAAAAGCUGGACAAUACGGUAAUCUGUUUAAGAAGAUUCAAACGCGAGUUCGUCUUUAGUACGCUCAGUAAGAGCUACUCGUGGCCACAAUUCACCAGGUUUUCCUUGAGGUUGGGUCUGAAGAGUGCUGAGAACGAUGAGAUUCGAACGGGCGUACUGAUGACUCUGAGUGGUCUGUGCGACAUCGCGUAUGAGGAUAACGCUGAUGACGAAUACGCGAAAACGUUGUUCGAGAUGGCGACAUCCCACUCGGAGUUCGUUAAUAUAAUGCUCGGAUCAUCCAGUGUUAAAGGCAGUCUGGUCGAAUUACUGAGGAUAUUGACUCGGAAAAAUUACUCGAUGAUGACCGUUUCCCACGUGCCUCUCUAUCUCGCAGCUUACAAUGCCACCCUCAGCCAUACCGACCAGCGUAUUUUGCAACUUCUUCAGCAUUACGAAGCCCAUAGUAUAAAAAUUCAGCAAUACUGGCCGUAUUUGUGGGGGAACGCCGCAGCGAUACGUUACAGCAUAAGAGGAGAAGUGGACAGCGCCCUUUGGCGGCAACCAUCCACUUCCGAAGUGUUUAACUUAUUCGACGAGGACAUUGUCAGCGAUACUAUAAAGAAUUAUCCUGUUCACCGAGCAUUAAAGGACGACAGCCUAUACGAGAACAGCAACGUGUACGAUCCGGCGUUUUACCUGCCUCUGCUGUGCUCUCUGCUGGCGGAGAACAACGUUGUCGCGUGCCACAAGAUAAACCACAGUGGUGCGUUAGCACUGGCACUCGCUGCAUGCUGCAGUGAUUCGAACGAUGUUCGAAUGGCAGCGUACACCACCAUCUCGAGAUACUACUUCCACUUGGAAGCGUCCAGGUCGAAAGAGAAGUUGCUGUGGAUGCGUUUGAUCGACGCUUUACGAAAUGGCGUCGUAUCGCUAAAAUGUCCGUUAAAAGACGUCCGUCUGAGCUGUUUGGUAACCACCUUCCUCGCUAGGACCGCGUUAGUUGCUAGUCAACCGUUACAUCCGCUUUACUCGCCACUGCAUACCUUCCUAAUGGCCAAACCUGCGUUGGACCUGAACACCAUACCUGAACUGUUGCAAUUGCUGCACAGCUCGCAUGUAGACCACAAAGCGCAUCGGCAUUGGAUCCUGGAAAAUAUCCGGGACGGUAUCAAAGAAGAGAACGACAUAGAUGUGGCACUGAAAUGCGUAUUAUUUAAGAUGCUUCUGGACUUUCACACUUGCGCAUUGUCGGACGCCAGGACCAAGAAACUCAUAUUGGAAGUUAUUGUUUCCACCACGAAAAUUCCAAAAUCGUCUUUGCUCCUCACGCGAGGAUAUGGUGUGCUACCAUGGCUGUACGGAAUUAUCAAUCAUUCGGACGUUUGUGAGGCGGAAAGUGACGCUAUCAUCACCAUAAUUGGGAAUCUGUUGAAUAGCUUAGAUAGUUUAACGGAAGAUACUACUCAUUACAAGUAUUUGUUACUUAGCAUCCUUUUGAAAUUAAAUGCGCACUUUCCUAGAAACGCAACGAACGAGUUGUCCACUCGUUACGCAAAUGUUCUUCAACGAGUGAUUGUAGCAAAAGGCGUGAAAGGAUGUACGGGUAAACGAAGCCUCAAAAGGGUUCAACAAGUUUUAUAAGCCUAGGUGACAAAUGUUGUUUUUAACAUGUUAUAAAAAUCUAAAUUACUUAUAUUUA